AUGCGGCUCAACGAGUCAACAGCCCUCGUCAACGACCGCAUCGUCCUCCGCCCUUACCGACGAUGGCACGUCCCGCGCUACCACGAGUGGAUGAGCAGCGACGAGAUGAGGGACGCAACCGCGAGUGAGCGACUGACACUGGAGCAGGAGGAGGACAUGCAGAGAUCAUGGCGACUCGACGAAGACAAAUUGACAUUCAUCAUCCACCUGCGCCAACCCUCCGCUUCCUCUCCCAUACUCGACCCAGCAGGCUUCCUCGCCGCCCACUCCGACCCCUCAACAAUGCUAGGCGACGUGAACCUCUUCCUCCACGCGCCCUCGUCUCCUCCUCCAUCUUCCUCACCUCCUUCGCAGAGGGCAGAGAUGGAAAUCAUGUUGCCCCCCUCGGAUCUCUUCAAACCGCGCACCGGCCUCGCCUCGCUCUCACUCCGGACUUUCCUCUCCUACUCCUCCCGCGCCCUCCACCUCCCUCCCAGCGCGUUCUUUGCCCGGAUAGGAUUCGACAACGAGGCUAGUUUGGGAUUGUUCAAGAGUUUGGGGUUUAGGGAGGGCAAGAGGGUGGAGGUGUUUCGCGAGGUGGAGGUGGUUUGGCCGACGAGUGAGGAGGGGGAGAGGUGGCCGUGGGAAGGGAAGGAGGGGUGGGAGGUGAUAGAGUUGGAGGACCCGAGGGAUGAGGAGCGGGAUUGA